AUGGCGGAUAAAUUGUACGAAAAUGCCACGUCUUCAGGCGGUAACCACGUGUACCCCACGCAUCCAACAUGGGAUCAGCGACGUCAAUUGGCCAUUGAUAUUUCUAAUCUAGCACCUCCUGACUUACCAGGCGUGUUGUUGCUUAUCCAUAAUUACGACAACGUACUGGAGAUGCAGGAGCUACUGCCACACAAACAAUACGUGCUGCCAUGGGAUGCACAACAGAAGGAACAAAACGGGGUAGGUAUCUUUUAUAUCGAAGAUGCGAAUGCGAUUCAAAUGCAGUGUCGCUUUCGAUUGGACCAUGCGGACGACGAGCUGUUGCGCCAGCUGCGUCAAUACGUAGACGAGUGCUACGUGCCCCACUUUGUACCCAAGGAAAAUUGCAGCAUCUGUGAAGGUUUAUGGUCCUGUGGACGCGUAAUCUUUUGUGGAAAUGAUACGUGUCCUGUACGAGUGCACGAAGAAUGUUUUGGUGUCGUCAUGAGAGAACAGGACGACGGUCCGUGGCAUUGUCCUUCGUGUCUUCUGGGGAAACAGCUUGCUUGUGCUGUUUGUAUGCAGUACAGUGGACCAUUGAAACCGCUGGCAAUGGCAGACGUUUCAUCGAGUGAUGAACAAAAGUGGGUCCAUGUGAUCUGUGCUCUUGCCAUCCCAGAACUUGUCAUGAGAGAUGUACCUAGUAUGGAACCAGUGGACGGCUUUGAGGAGAUUGAGAAUGGAAGGUUUCGGUACUUGUGUGCGAUCUGCCGCAAACGUGGUGGUGCUUCGGUCAUUUGCGAGGCCGAGAACUGCAAUGUAGGCGUUCAUCCACAGUGUGCAGCGGACGCUGGACUCAUGAUCGGCAACGAGGGUAACUUGCUUGGUGUGUAUUGUGACAAACACUUGCCUGCCUCGCGUAUUCCAGGGGCAAAGCGCUGGAUUAGUGAUCAGGAUCUAGUCGAAGAGAUUAUGAGCGAGUACUCUAUUGACGAAGACAUUAACAAUGACCGAGUGGACAUGCCACCCUAUAGUGACGCCGAGCGCUAUGCUUUUGUACUCCAAUCGACACCGUAUCUGCACUGCAAGCAGCAAUUACUUGGUGCUAAGGCAACGCUACGAUUUGGACCGGCGCCUUUUCCCGCAUCUUCUUCUGCUCGAAGUGACAUUGAUCGCAAGACAUUUGCUGGCGUCAAAAUUACCGCGAACGCUUACACUCCACCUGCUAUGGUGGUUCAAGGUAUGAACACGCAAAGGCCGAUUGUUUUUCCGCCGCCAGGCCAAUCGCCGAGUGAGAAGCGACUGGGUUUGCCAGAAUUUCCGAAGGGAAGACAUGCAGUUGGAGCCAUAGUAGAUUACUUAGUCAAGGCGCAGGAUAAGUGGCAACGCGCGCGCGUGUUGCAAUGGGACAAGGAGAAGAAGAUGCACCUUGUGCAGAUCGUGGCCUCUGGGCAGAAAUUUUGGGGCAAGCUGGAUGCGGACAACACGUUGAUAUUGUAUCUCCCGGACGAGGAGAACGUUGUAGAUGGCCCAUUGGUGAAGCUCAUCCGUCCAGUGACCCAAGGUGCCGUGCAGUGGCGUCCAAGGCCGCGUCAGUUUGCACAAGCAUCAUGA